AUGUUCAUGAACCGACUCUCGACGGCUCUCCUUCUGGCACUUGCAUCCGCCGCUCCAGCGUUCGCUGCUGCAAGCUCCGACAAUGUCGCUCGCGCGACCUGGGAUCCGAAGAUUCUGGCGCCGACCGCACAGACCGUGUGGCAGCACGGGCAGGUGUUUACCGUUACCUGGGACACAAGCAACCCACCGGCUAGCGUCACCAACCCUAACGGCGAAAUCACCCUGAGCAAGAGCGGCCAGGACUCUUCUGUACUCGCCAGCAAUUUCGCUCUCAAGGACGGCAGCGUGGAGGUCACUGUCCCUUCGGAUGCUGAGCCUGGUUCUGACUACCAUAUCACCUUGUUCGGCGACUCCGGCAAUGUCAGCGAAGAUUUCACCAUCCAGUGA